AAGAAAGAGAGAAAGAAAGCCUCCCAACUCGAAAAUCUUUAUAACCAUCUUACCUGAGUGUGUAUAUACAUGUAGAUACGUGUUUGCAUAUUGAUUUAGAAUUGGAGAAAUGGCAAGAACCAGCUUAUUAUUCAAGUUUCAGUCCCUGGGUUUGGCCAUAUUAUUGUUGUUACUGGGUUGCAUGGGAGUGACUGAUAAUGUUCCGUCCGAGGAAGAUGACUGCGGAGAUCUUCGCGGCCUGGGCGUGCUGUUGGGAUGCCUGAACUUCAUCAGAAAAGAUAGAAGUCAGCUUCCGCCGUCUCCGGAGUGCUGCAACUACAUAAAGCAGUUUACCAUGAAAUGCACUUGCCAGAUUAUCACCAAGGAAAUUGAGGAGACAAUUAGUAUGGAGAAGCUCGUUUAUGUUGCCAAAUCUUGUGGCUAUCCACUCUCUCCCGGAACAAAAUGUGGAAGUUAUGAAGUUCCUCCCAGUUCAUAAGCCAUGGCAGAUAGAGCAAGAAGGCUGAUAAAUUGAAGGAAAAAGAAUAAGGCGAUAUAAGCCAUUGCUUUCUUAAUGUCUUUUAAUGGUGAUUCGGUGCUGAAUGUUUAUGUUGAACAACUGAUAUUUUAGUUUUAGUAAUGAAGAUCGUUUCAAAAUUAGUAUCA